AUGUCGUUCCUCUACCCCAGACAGGACACCCUCAAGGGCUGCUUCGGCUCCCCGCAGCCCACGUCGGCUUCGACGGCGGCGGCGAAGCCCACCCGCUACCAGGCCCGGCCGGAGCUCUACGGCGCCUUCUCCACCGUCGACGACGUCAAGGGCAAGGCCCAGAAGCUGAGCGCCGAGGCGACGGCCGAGUUCGAGAAGGCCAGCGCCAAGGCAAAGGCCAGCACCGGCAAGAUCGAGCUGUACUCUGGCAAGUACUACGCCGCCUGCACCGUUGGUGGGCUUUUGGCUUGUGGCCUCACUCACACCGCCGUUACUCCUCUUGAUCUCGUCAAGGUCCGCCGCCAGAUCGAUGCCAAGCUGUACAAGGGCAACUUCCAAGCAUGGGGGCUCAUCUUCCGCAAGGAGGGGCUCCGCGGGAUCAUGACCGGUUGGGGUCCGACUUUCUGGGGAUAUUCUGCGCAGGGCGCAUUCAAAUAUGGCUUUUACGAAGUUUUCAAACAUGAGUACUCGGAGCUCGUGGGUGCGGAGAACGCGGCCAAGUACAAGACCGGAGUCUACCUCGCGGCUUCCGCCUCCGCCGAGUUCCUGGCCGACAUCGCCCUCUGCCCCUUCGAGGCAGUCAAGGUCCGCAUGCAGGGCGGCAUCCCCUCGCCCUACAAGGGCACCCUCGACGGCAUCAGCAAGAUCACCGCGGCCGAGGGCUGGGGCGUCCGACUCACACUGACACCAAAUGACAGUCUCUACCCUCUCUGGGGCCGCCAGAUCCCCUACACCAUGAUGAAGUUCGCCUCCUUCGAGACCAUCGUCGAGAUGAUCUACGACCGCCUCCCGGGCCAGAAGAGCGACUACAGCAAGACCGCGCAGACGGGCGUCUCCUUCGUCGGAGGCUACCUCGCCGGUAUCCUCUGCGCCGUCGUGUCGCACCCGGCCGACGUCAUGGUCAGCAAGCUCAACGCGAACCGCCAGCCGGGCGAGGCCUUCGGCGCCGCGAUGGGACGGAUCUACAAGGAUAUUGGCUUCUCGGGUCUCUGGAACGGACUCCCCGUCCGUAUCGUCAUGAUCGGUACCCUGACCGGUCUCCAGUGGAUGAUCUACGACUAUUUCAAGAUUGCCAUGGGUUUCCCGACUACUGGAGGUGCCGCCCCCCUUGAGGAGAAGAAGUAA